AUGGCGGGCGGGGCUCGGGAGGUCCUCACUUUGCAGUUGGGACAUUUUGCGGGUUUCGUGGGAGCACACUGGUGGAACCAGCAGGAUGCUGCGUUGUGCAGGCCGACCGAUGCCAAAGAGCCGCCGGGAGAGCUGUGCCCCGACGUCCUGUACAGGACCGGCCGGACGUUACAUGGCCAAGAGACCUACACGCCGAGACUCAUCCUCAUGGAUCUGAAGGGUAGUCUGAGCUCCCUAAAGCAAGAAGGUGGACUCUACAGGGACAAACAGCUAGAUGCUGCAAUAGCAUGGCAAGGGAAGCUCACCACACACAAAGAGGAACUCUAUCCCAAGAACCCUUAUCUCCAGGACCUUCUGAGUGCAGAGGGAGUGCUGAGUAGUGAUGGUACCUGGAGGGUCAAAUCAAUUCCCAAUGGCAAAGGUCCCCCACCAUUCACCAACGCUGGCACUCCAAAACCAGUUAUACCCACAGAGGGCAGUAUCAGAGUCUGGUCAGACUUCCUCAGAGUCCAUCUCCACCCCCGGAGCAUCUGUAUGAUUCACAAAUACAACCAUGAUGGGGAAGCAGGCCGCCUGGAGGCUUUUGGCCAAGGGGAGAGCAUCCUGAAGGAACCCAAGUACCUGGAAGAGCUGGAGGACAGGCUGCAUUUCUACGUGGAGGAGUGUGACUACCUGCAGGGCUUCCAGAUUCUGUGUGACCUGCACGAUGGCUUCUCUGGGCUGGGCGCCAAGGCUGCGGAGUUGCUACAAGACGAGUACUCAGGGCGGGGGAUAAUCACCUGGGGCCUGCUCCCUGGUCCGUACCGCCCUGGGGAGCUGCAAAAAAACAUCUACCGUCUGUUAAACACAGCUUUCGGUUUGGUACACCUGUCUGCUCACAGCUCUCUGGUCUGCCCCUUAUCCUUGGGUGGGAGCCUGGGGCUGCGACCUGAGCCGCCCGUCAGCUUCCCUCUCCUGCAGUAUGACGCCGCUCUGCCCGUCCACUGUGGUGCCAUCCUGGCUACAGCCCUGGACACAGUCACUGUUCCUUAUCGCCUACGGUCCUCACCAGUUUCCAUGGUUCAUCUGGCUGAUAUGCUGAACUUCUCUGGGAAAAAGGUGGUGACAGCAGGAGCAACUAUCCCCUUCCCCUUAGUUCCAAGCCAGUCCCUCCCUGAUACCCUAAUGCAGCUUGGACAGGCCACGCCAUGGACCCCACUGUCUGCAUGUGGGGACCCUUCUGGGACAUGCUGCUUUGCCCAGUCAGUGGUGCUGAGGGGUCUAGACAGAGCACGCCACACCAGUCAGCUCACCCCCGGGACACCUCUGCCCUCCCCGCUCCACGCGUGCACCACUGGGGAAGAAGUCUUGGCCCAAUAUUUGCAGCAGCAGCAGCCUAGAGUCAGGAGCUCUUCCCAUCUGCUGCUGACUCCCUGCAGGGUAGUCCCUCCUUACCCCUACCUCUUCUCACGCCGCAGCCAGCAUGGGUUGCUACUCGAUGCUCCUCCAGCAGGGACAGCGGUGGAGAGCAUCCCAGUGCUUGGGGCCCUCUGCUCCUCUUCCUCCUUGUGCCGGGCCCUGGGAGAUUUGGCCAAAGAUCUCUCCAAACUUGACCUGCGACGCUGGGCCAGCUUCAUGGAUGCUGGAGUGGAACAGGAUGACCUAGAGGAGAUGCUGCAGGAACUGCGCAACCUGGCCCAGUGCUACGAGAGUAGCAACGAUAGGCUCGUGGACUAA